CGCAAACCAUGGCGAAGAAGAAGAAAGAAGACACCCAGCCCCAAACACCAGUUGAAGAAGAAGACGAAGAGUACAUAGAGAAGAAGAAAAAGAACAGUAAAAAGAAGAAAGCACAGAUAGAUGUAAAGAUCGAGACCACGAGGGAACACCCAGAAAAGAUUUCCCCCAUAAUCGGUUACUUUCCCUCCGGUUUCGACCCACUCAAGGACCGUGCAGUUCAUGGCCAAGACGAAGAAUCAGAUUCACAACAACACAGGGUUAAGGUUUAUAGGCAUGUUAAAAGGAAUAAUCGCUUGCAGAUGGUGGUGAGCCCAAAUGGGUCUCACGUGGAUUUCGUUGGUACUAGUUAUUUGGGUGAAGCCACGGCUCCUCAGGUCUGUACUUAUGCUCUUGGGGUUUUGGAUAAGGAGACUCAGACGCUGAAGAUCAUACCCGUUGCAGCCAAUAAGAUAUUUAGGCUGGAACCAAGAGUACGAGGAUCAGAAUUAUCUGACAAUGAACUGUCAGAAACGGAAAAGAAAGAACUCGCUUUGGAAAAUAAGGCUGACAAAUUAAAAGAUCUGACCCUCAUGUAUUCAACUAAAAAGACAAUAAGACAGGCUAAAAAACGUGAGUCACUUCGUCAAAAAGAAGAUCCCAGAUCUAAGGAGGACUUGGACAGGAAAUUAGAGGAAAUCACGAUAAACAAGGAGGCCCUUGAAGUUGCUGACACUAGUACGAAUGCUCGUAAUAUCCCACCCCAUGAUAUGUCAGCCACUACACCCCAAAUGGCUUAUCCAUUGGAAAAGAUUAUUUUCAGGGGAGAGUGGGACUACCUCUUAGAUAUUUUUGAGCUUUCACAAGGAGGAGCUGAAGUGGAACCUGAUGCAUAUCCAAGCUUUGUGUGCAACAGAGUUGGUGGAUUGGAACAUAUCAAGGAUGAGGACGAGAAGCAAAGGCUGGCUUGCAUACUUUCAUACAUUACUCAUCUCAUUAAGUUCAAGGACAAACAUUCUAUGGAUGGUUUUUCCUCUGCAAAGUAUCAUAAAAUCCCAGGCAUUUUAUUCCAGAAGUUUUCAGCCAUGUUUGCUGAUUUAGAUGCAAAAAGACUUGUGGAUAACAGGAGAGAUCUUCUUAUAAGCUAUGUCUUGGUGCUUACUCUCUUUGCUGACAAUUUCCGAACUGACCCAUCAGAUAUAGCCAAGGAUCUGAGAAUGAAUGCCGUAGCAUUGAGACCACAUUACGAACAUUUAGGCUGCAAGCUCGUGCGUGAGGGACCCCUGUUACUGGUUACACUUCCUGUACCACUGCAAUUUCCAACGAUGAGGAGGAAGCGGCGACGGUAAAUGGAUGUGCUGUUGUGUUACUUCUGCAAGGACAACCCAAAUACUCGUAUCCUCUGCUGAUUCAUAGUUUGUAUUUCUUUUUUAAAUUCAUCAUCUCACUGUAAGCAACUUCAAGGAAAUUUCACUUCUAUUUGAACUAUUAUACGGUCUGUUUACACUCAUGCUCUUAUAUCAUGCCAUAUUUUAAAGGGCUUCUACCCUUGGUUGUUAAAUAGCUGUAUGCAUCAAGGUUUUGUUCUACUACUUGUUAUUGCAAUGGAUCAAGCCUUGCUAACUUUUGUUAGGAAUACGGUGGGAAAAGAAUUCG